AUGGCGAGAGGUGUUACAGAUCUUCAAUCCAAGAAACCACACAUCGUCGUUCUCGCCAGUCCUGGCAUGGGUCACGUGACGCCUCUCUUCGAGUUCGCUAAGCGUCUCGUCCUCCUCCAUGGCUGUCACGUGACCUUCCUCAACAUCACCACAGAAGCUUCCGUCGCCCAAACCCAGCUCCUCCACUCCCCCAACCUUCCUCCCGGCCUCUCCGUCGUCGACUUCCCUCCCGUCGAUCUCUCCGACAUGGUUGAUGACGACGCUUCACCUCUUACCCGUCUCUCUAUAAACGUACAACAAAAUUUGCUUUCCUUAAAAUCCAUACUCUUAGAGUUCCACAAGCCUCAAGCCGUCGUCAUCGACUUGUUCUGCACCCAAGCGUUUGAAAUCUGCAAGGAGCUUUCCAUCCCUGUCUUCAUGUUCUUCACUGCUUCCACUUACUUGCUUGCCUUUACCUUGUUGCUCCCACAGCUUGAUCGUGACGUGGCCGGCGAGUUUGUUGACCUUCCGGCGCCCGUUCAGGUUCCGGGGUGCUCUCCGGUUCGAACUCAAGACCUUAUUGAUCUUGUCGGGAACCGAAAGAGCGACAACUAUAAAUGGUUUCUGCAUCAUCUCAGCAGAGUUCCGAUGGCGGAUGGAGUGUUCUUGAACACGUGGGAAGAUCUCGAACCUGUACCAGUUCGAGCCAUCAGAGAGCAUGCUUUCUACAAGAAGAUACUCACAGCACCAGUUUACCCUAUCGGACCGGUGAUAAAGGAAUCCGAGCCGGUAACAGAAACCGGUGCUGAGUGUUUAACGUGGCUUGAUGAACAGCCAGAGCACUCGGUUCUCUUUAUUGCUCUUGGCAGUGGGGGAACUUUGUCUGCGGAGCAGCUCACGGAGUUAGCAUGGGGUCUCGAGCUGAGCGGGCAACGGUUCAUAUGGGUGGUUCGAGCCCCGAACGAUGCCAGUGCAACUGCUACGUUUUUCAACGUCGGUGGAGAUAAGAACGAUCCUAGAACGUAUCUAGCAGAAAGGUUCAUAGAGAGGACGAGAGGGAGGGGACUGGUAGUGCCGUCAUGGGCACCACAGCUGUCGGUGCUCCGACACAGGUCGACGGCGGCGUUUUUAUCUCACUGUGGGUGGAACUCGGUGCUGGAGAGUUUGUCUCACGGUGUGCCGAUCAUAGCAUGGCCGCUUUAUGCAGAGCAAAGGAUGAACGCAACGACAAUGGCAGAGGAAGUGGGGGUGGCGGUGAAAAUCGUGGCGGAGGAGACGGCGGGGAAGAGGGUGGUUGGGAGGGAGGAGGUAGAGAGGGCUGUGAGGAUGACGGUGGAAGGUGAAAAGGGGAAGGAGAUGAGACGCAAAGCGAGAGAGCUCAAACAAAGUGCUGCCAAAGCAUUGAGGAAUGAUGGGUCCUCCAAUGGCUAUGAGUCACUCGCCCGAGUUGUCAGCCAAUGGAAAGUCAACGGUAAAAUUUGACUUCGAAUUU